AUGAAUGCACGGGGGGUUGACAUCACCUUGAGAGCUGAAAAGACUGAGAUCCCGGUGGGAGGACAGGUGGAGCUGACCUGCUACGUGGAUUCUGGUGACCCCUGUGACUGGAAGUACGAGUGGUCCAUAAAAAACAGGGACACCUCUAAAAUCAUAGUCCUGAGAGAUGCCACAAACACAACAAUCAGGGUCACAAAAGGAGGUGACUAUGGUUGUAGAGCAGAAAAGAAGGACACAAGGACAGAGGAGAGCACUUUUGUCACCAUCUCCAACCUGGAACCAAGCUGGACUGAGGUAUUCAGGGGUGAGAUGAGAACUCUCAGAUGUGAAAUCCAGGGAGGUGAAGGUACCGAGUGGGAGUAUGAGUGGAUGAUUCCCACCUCAAAAGCAUCAACAAGCCCUAACAGGUACAGGAUUGCAAAGAUUAGUGCUUCCAACAGUGGAGACUACCGAUAUCCAGUAGCAAGGGCCAAAAUAAGUGCCGAUAAAACUGUCAUUACUGCUGGAGACUCUGUGACUCUGACCUGCUCUGUGAGCCCACGCUCAUCUGGCUGGAAAUACUCCUGGUUCAGAGAUGCUAAACCCUUGAGCCCACAAGAUGUUGGAAGUUCUCAAAUCAGAGUCUCACAAGGAGGAACCUACAGGUGCAAAGCAGAAAGAGGAAACCCAGUUUACUACUCAGAGACCACCAAUGAUAUUAAACUGAACAACUUUGUCACAGUCAAGCCUGUUCUGACAAUACAACCCAAUUGGCCUAAACUAUAUGAAGACGAACAAAUCACCCUCAAGUGUGAGACUGAAGAUGGAAAUGACUGGGCGUAUGAAUGGAGGACAAGCUCUUCAAGGCUUAAAAUCAUUAGAAAGACCAGAAAAAUGCUUGAAGUCAUGCUUGAUCAGUUUGACAGUGGAGACUACUCCUGUGUUGGAAGAAACAGUGAACAAACAACCAUGACAAAGUGGAGUGAUCCCACCUACUUGACAGUUGGCAGCAAGCCCAAGCCCAAACUCACCGUGUCCACAUCUUGGCUGAGUCCUGGAGAUUCAGUAACUCUCAGCUGUGAAGUGGAAGAUCCAUCCUCAGGAUGGAGGUUCUACUGGUACAAAGCUGUCCCAAAUCUAUCAGGCGGUUCCUACAGCUAUGAGCUUCUCCCUGGUAGCGGCAGCGGGACUAUGCAGAACUCCUACACUCAUCAUGGGCACGCAUAUACAACAGGAUAUGUGUGCCAAGCUGGAAGAGGAGACCCAGUGUAUUACACUUCAUACAGUGAUCUAAAGUUUGUCUGGUCUGGAGAUUUUCAGUCGGCAUUUCUCUCAGUGAGUCCAGACAGAGUGCAACACUCCACCACUGACACCAUCACGCUGAGCUGUAAGGGGAACUCUGCUGAGUGGAGAGUGGGGAGUUUCAGUGUUAAGGACUUCUUGUACGACAAUUCUGACUGUAGGACGAUGACUGGAGCAACAUGCACAACCAGCAGAAAUGAAGGUGAAAGAGUGUACUGGUGUGAGUCUGGAUCAGGGGAGUUCAGCAAUGCAGUCAACAUCUCUGUGCAUGGAGGAAGUGUGAUCCUGGUGAGCCCUGUUCAUCCUGUCACUGAGGGAGAUCCUUUGACUUUUGGCUGCAAGGUUACUGGUUUGUUAGAUUGCCCUGUGCUUUUCUAUCGAAAUGACAAAACCAUUGGGAGAGACACCGAAGGGGAGUUUCGUAUCCCUUCGGUGUCAAAGUCAGAUGAAGGACUGUACAAGUGUAAAUGUGGGGAAACACAGUCACCAGGGAGCUGGGUAGCAAUAAAACGAUCAGGACCUUCAUCUCGUGGAUUUGGUCUUACUGGGCUCCUUUUUGGACUUAUAAUGUAUGCUCUGCUGUGUCUGUACAAAAGGUCCCAAGAUCCACAGGACCAUUACUGGCUGGUCCCGUGUCUGAACUGCAAUCAGCGCUCUGAUGAAGACACAACAGUCACCCAAGAUGAAACUCAAGCACACCCGUACUGCUCUAUUGCUCCUGGUCAAGGACAGAGUUUUUCAAAGCCCAUGAAGUGA